AUGCAGGGAUGCGGGGGGGUAUUAGAGGGGCAGAUGGCCCCCAUAGAGGGGGGUGUGUUGGUUUAUGGUGAUGGGACUUUCUAGGGGGUUGUGGGAAAGUGGGGUAAGAACAAGUGUGAGUGUCGUCACUGCGCCAUUGUCGCCGGUCUGCACUUGGUUUAAUAGAAGUUCUCCUAACUUGACCCCACUAACCCUUGCUAGUCUUCUGCCUUCAUCUCGGCCAUUUGUCCUGCCCUCCUUGGCUCAAUGACUCCCCGGCAUUUGGCCCUAUUAUUGUGGCCGGUUUCGGUAAAAGUAUUGUGGACACAGAACUAUCACAGCCAUCAAUCAGUUGGCCGGUGUAGACUAUCAAGUGCUUUUUUUGUGGUUGGAAGAGUUCGCCCCCAGGGCGAACGUGGCUGUCUGUCUCUAUUCCGGUCCCGUUCUGUAUUGUUGUGUCUACGUCUUUGCUUGUAAACACAGAUACAGAGGGCAUGGGAUGGGAAACUUGGUGUAUGAAUGGAUUAGAGACAGGCAAGGCUCCAGCCAUGACAUGCUCAGUGCCCCAGUACAUAGUAAUGUGAGGUGUAGUUUACAAGUUCAGUUUGAAUUUUUUCCUUUACUGGAUUGUCCCAUAAGGUUCGAAUAUCAAGCUCCCUUACUGGUCCGUCCCCCUUACCUCAUCUUAUAGUGAUUGGGUGGAUUGGUACUUUAUGGGUAAACUAUAUAGCCAACAUUGAGUUCCUUUGGGAAUUCACUUAUAGUGGGUGAUUCGAUAAACACAUGCAAUAGCAUCACCAGUGUUCACAAUAGUAAACACAGUUAUCAUCAUUAUCCUGGACUACAUGACAUAAUUUAUCCCCGCUGUACUGGUCUACAAAAUGAACCAACACUGAUGUUCUCAACCCUAACUGCCAAUGAUCUUCUUCCCCCCUUUUCUAGAUGUCUGUGGUGCCAAGGAGCUGGCGUUCCUAUUGGAGCCCAGUGACAUCAUCGCUGUGCGGGAUCGGCCGCUGAUGCUGGACUGCCAGGUGGAGGGCGAGGGUACCAUCUCGAUCACGUGGCGCAGGAACGGGGUGCCCGUGGUAGUGGGGGAGCGGGUACAGAUGCUGCCCAAUGGGACCCUCUUCAUCCAGAGCUUCCAGAAACGACUAGAGAGAGGCGGAAGUGAGACGGACGUUGGAGAGUAUGACUGCGCCUCCCAGAACCGCUUUGGCAUGCUGGUCAGCCGCAAGGCCCGGGUUCAGCUUGCAUGUGAGUUCCCCUCCCUUACAUACUGUUUUACGGUUACCUAGUAUAAUUUAUGUAAUGGCGACCUAUGUAACAGUCGCCUACAUAACAGUCACUUAUGUAGAGAGAAUAUCCCACACUCAAUGCACAUACAAUACACAGAAAACACUUCACCAAUCUAUCAAUACACAACAUAAGAUAGCAUAGUAUUGAGUAUUAAGGGAAAUGGUUCAUUUGCUCUUGCUGGCAUAGUUACUCUCCACCAGCCAACCACUACUGGUGCUAAUUUUACUUAGAAAUACAGUAGCUAAAAAACUCAUUUUCAAGACUAUAUCAAUACAAAGAUUACACAUCUUGAGUUAUGACCGAGGCGCCAUUUUACAAAUAACCUAAAUACGCUUUCAUUACCAGUCAAGGGAAAAAUAUAAAUAAGAGUUACAUAAUACAUAUACAUGAUUGCCCAGUACAUAAACCGUAGUUUUAGAGUAGCCUUGAAUAUCCACAUAUUGUUUGAGCAUGGUUUGCCAGCACUCUUAUGCCAUGUACACAUUGUGACGUAUUUCAUUACUCCGUACGUCAUCUUCACGGAAUCUUGCCCCGCUACUGAAUGGACAAGUGUAGUGUAUGUAACGCAAGAUAGAGGAAAGCCUGUCUCUCGUCAGAGAUUUAUUUUGGGAGAAUGCAAAAUAUGACCUUUUCAUUCAAGACAGGAUAAAUAUAUUGUUUCAGGUAAUAAUAAAACAUGUUUUGUUUAGUUACUAUUUCCCCCUCAAGUUGUUACUUUAUAGCAAGUCAAGCUAGCUUGCACUGCAUAGCAGCUACCUAGCUAAAGGCUAGGUUGAAGAUACCAUUGUAGUUAGCGACCUCCACCUAAUAAUUAUCAUAAAAAAACAAACGUCAUUACCAUCACAAUAAACUUAAACGGGAGGCAACAGUCAUAAUAUAAUUGGCCUAACAGCCGAUGUGUAUUAUUUAACAUUACUAUUAAAGUAGUACUCACUUAUAGGAAUGGGUAAUUGUUUAUAAGUUGCUAGCUAUCCCAUAAAGCCAUCACCAAAACCCACAUAUUUUUACCAUCUUCUGUUGUUUGGUGACUUCCUGUUCUUCGACGGACUCGAUUUGGAAAAUUUCAAAGUAGGCCUAUGCGGCGUCUGUCUCGCAACGGAGCCUUCAACCUAAAGGGGGCGUUGCAAUCCCACUCUGUUGUGGACGUCCCCAUUGAAAUGCAUGACAUCCGGCGCAACGUAAUGGAGUGCUUAUGGGUAAGGUGAACGAGGCUUUACAAUUAGUAAUAUAUUCAAUGUGUAGCCUAGCUACACAAACACAUGAUUAGUCAAUAAUAUUCCCUUCUGAAUGUGAUUUAGAGAGAACCAGCAGCGAAUGUUACCAGGUCCUCCCCCUCACUCCAGGGUAAUGCUACAGAAGUCAUAGAAAUUGUGGAGAGGCCAAAGAAUGGCUUUUGUCCUAUCUAUGGGAGAUCACUACAUGUAGUCCCCUCUCUGUCAAAACAGGCAAUAUAUUCUGUUCUUAAUGAUGAACCAUACUGCGAACACCUUUGUCGCAUACCUGGCAACCCAAGACCCCCUCGGACUCUAUAGACUCUGUUAUAAAUUAUGCUCCCUGCUGAGAACACCUUAGUUGCAUACCUGGCAACCCGAGACCACCUCAGACUCUUUCACCUCUUGUGUUUCUUUGAGGCACUGUGGGUGAUGAAUGGUACACCCCCACUAAGUGUACUGACACGUGGACACACACAAAACACACACACAAAAAACAUAGUGUUCAGACAAGAUUUAAGAUGAGAUAAAAUGUAAGAUAAACACACUGCAAUUCUGCUGGGUUUUUCACACUCAACACUUUCCCGUGUGUAUCAAGAAUGGUCCACCACCCAAAGGACAUCCAUCCAACUUGACACAACUGUGGGAAGCAUUGGAGUCAACAUGGGCCAGCAUCCCUGUGGAAAUCAUUUGACACUUUGUAGAGUCCAUGCCCCAAUGAAUUGAGGCUGUUCUGGGGGCAAAAGUGGGGGGAAUGUGUUCUUAAUGUUUUGUACACUCAGUAUAUAUUUUUGUAUAAUAUUGUUGACUCUGCUGCUCAUCUUGGACCAGGUCUCCUCUUGCAAAAUAGAGAUUUUAUCUCAAUGAGACUAAGCUGGGUCAAUAAAUGUUCAAUGGAGAUAUAACUUUUGUUGUUCUUUCUUCCUCAGUUCUCCCUAAGUUCCAUACCCACCCAGAGUCCAUGUCAGUGGACGAUGGCGGAGUGGCUCGCUUCAAGUGCCAGGUCAACAGUGUGCCUGAAGCCAACAUCACCUGGGAGAGGGACAGGAUCCCACUCAGUACCACCGACAACAGGUACCAUCAUCAUAAUAUAUAGGCCAAUACACUCACUCACACGCACACAGACAUUUCAUAAAAUGAGUUAUUGUUGGAUGAUUGCUAAUGAACUUGGCGCUUGGCGUCACCCUGCAAGAGAGUUUGAAAUAUUAGCGAUGUAGCUACCUUGCUGCAGACAGGCAUUUUGAAAAAGUAGCUAACUUUUACAUUCUCAGAAUAACUACAGUGCCUUGCAAAAGUAUUCAUCCCCUUGGCAUUUUUCCUAUUUUGUUGCAUUACAACCUGUAAUUUAAAUGGAUUUUUAUUUGGAUUUCAUAUAAUGGACAUACACAAAAUAGUCCAAAUUGGUGGAGUGAAAUGAGAAAAAUAACUUGUUGAAAAAAAUUCUAACAAACUAAUAAUGGAAAAGUGGUGCGUGCAUAUAUAUUCACCCCCUUUGCUAUGAAGCCCCUAAAUAAGAUCUGGUGCAACCAAAUACCUUCAGAAGUCACAUAAUUAGUUAAAUAAAGUCCACCUGUGUGCAAUCUAAGUGUCACAUGAUCUCAGUAUAUAUAUACACAUGUUCUGAAAGGCCCCAGAGUCUGCAAAACCACUAAGCAAGGGGCACCACCAAGCAAGCGGCACCAUGAAGACCAAGAAGCUCUCCAAACAGGUCAGGGACAAAGUUGUGGGGAAGUACAGAUCAGGGUUGGGUUAUAAAAAAAUAUCAGAAACUUUGAACAUCCCACUGAGCACCAUUAAAUCCAUUAUAAAAAAAUGGAAAGAAUAUGGCACCACAACAAAACUGCCAAGAGAGGGCCGCCCACCAAAACUCACGGACCAGGCAAGGAGGGCAUUAAUCAGAGAGGCAACAAAGAGACCAAAGAUAACCCUGAAGGAGCUGCAAAGCUCCACAGUGGAGAUUGGAGUAUCUGUCCAUAGGACCACUUUAAGCCAUACACUCCACAGAGCUGGGCUUUACGGAAGAGUGGCAAGAAAAAAGCCAUUGCUUAAAGAAAAAAAUAAGCAAACACGUUUGGUGUUCGCCAAAAGGCAUGUGGGAGACUCCCCAAACAUAUGGAAGAAGGUACUCUGGUCAGAUGAGACUAAAAUUGAGUUUUUUGGCCAUCAAGGAAAACGCUAUGUCUGGCGCAAACCCAACACCUCUCAUCACCCCGAGAACACCAUCCCCACAGUGAAGCAUGGUGGUGGCAGCAUCAUGCUGUGGGGAGGUUUUUCAUCGGCAGGGACUGGGAAACUGGUCAGAAUUGAAGGAAUGAUGGAUGACGCUAAAUACAGGGAAAUUCUUGAGGGAAUCCUGUUUCAGUCUUCCAGAGAUUUGAGACUGGGACGGAGGUUCACCUUCCAGCAGGACAAUGACCCUAAACAUACUGCUAAAGCAACACUUGAGUGGUUUCAGGGGAAACAUUUAAAUGUCUUGGAAUGGCCUAGUCAAAGCCCAGACCUCAAUCCAAUUGAGAAUCUGUGGUAUGACUUAAAGAUUGCUGUACACCAGCGGAACCCAUCCAACUUGAAGGAGCUGGAGCAGUUUUGCCUUGAAGAAUGGGCAAAAAUCCCAGUGGCUAGAUGUGCCAAGUUUUAUAGAGACAUACCCCAAGAGACUUGCAGCUGUAAUUGCUGCAGAAGGUGGCUCUACAAAGUAUUGACUUUGGGAGGGUGAAUAGUUAUGCACACUCAAGUUUUCAGUUUUUUUGUCUUAUUUCUUGUUUGUUUCACAAUAAAAAAUAUUUUGCAUCUUCAAAGUGGUAGGCAUGUUGUGUAAAUCAAAUGAUACAAACCCCCCAAAAAUCCAUUUUAAUUCCAGGUUGUAAGGCAACAAAUAGGAAAAAUGCCAAGGGGAGUGAAUACUUUCGCAAGCCACUGUAUAUGUCACAUCUACAGUAUAUGGGCACUCAUACCUCUCUCAACCCCUCCCUCUCCCUUGUCCAGGUACACUCUCCUGCCCAUGGGUAUCCUCCAGGUGACUGGUGUGAGGCGGAUUGACGCCGGGGUGUACCGUUGUAUGGCCUCCAACAUCGCCAACACACGCUUCAGCCACGAGGCUGUGCUCAAUGUGACCGGUGAGUGGGAACGACCCCACUCACAUUAAGCCUAGUCCUGUACUAAAAAUCAUGCUUAAUGGCGACUCUCCAUUGAUAACGCAUCUAAUUCCAGGAAUAGGCUUAAUCUGUGUCUGGGAAACUAGCCCUUAUAAUAUAGAUCAUAUAAUUAGAGGGACCUGGCAAUAGUGUAGUUCCAAUGGGUUUGUUCAUGUUAGUUUUUUAUCUAUAAUUUUAGUUGUUUGGGACACUCUAAAGAAUACUAAACUGACCACAACUAUGCUAAUCACAUAAAUCUUGUUAAAAGCCCUAUAGGCUAAAGCCAAAGUACGAACAUGGUCUUAUUCAGCCGAGGAAACUAUCUUACAGUAGUGUCUUAUUUCUCUUUCUCUUUGUGUGUGUGUUUGUGUCCUUUUCCUCUCUCUACAGGUGGGCCUUCCAGGAUCUACAAGGAGCCAGUUAUCCUCUCUGGGCCCCAGAACCUGACCAUCACCGUCCACCAGACAGCCAUUUUGGAGUGCAUCGCCACAGGGAAUCCCCGGCCCAUCGUGUCCUGGAGCAGGCUGGGUAACGACUGUUCUCAUGCAAUCAGAAUGGCAUACAAUGGCCUUAAUUUCUACCACACUUAGAUGAGUUAAUGCUAGCAGCUAAACAAUGAGUUGAUCUCUGUAUCAGCUAUUCUGCGUAUUAUGCACUAUGUUGCUCUACAGACGGGUUAGCUGAGAACGUCACAAAAACGAUGCACACGCUUCAAUGGGGCAUUGUUGUUGCGAAUAUGGAUGGCCAGAUAGCUAGCAAUAAUGACAAGAAGCUGCCAUGUGUGGAAUCGUAAGUGGCUGGUUUCAGUUAGUUUUAUUUUGUUCUUGAUACCAUGCCUUGUUUUGAAUUGUUUUGACUGAUGUCACGUCUAUGCUAACAUAACAAAAAAUUGCUAGCAAGCUAACCAACCACUGUAACGAUGGAUUUGAGAGACAAGUGCUCAUUGUGCAAAUGUAUUUAUGUUUUCAAUAAACAUUGGAGACUAAAUAUAGUUUACUUGUUGUCAACAAUCCAAGCCAAACCCGUUUUGCCCCAUAGUUGUGCAUGGGUCGAUUUUGUUGCUAAACAAACUUGAUUUUGAACCUUGUGUUUUUUGUAUUAUGUUGGCCUAUGUCUUAUUCCUUUGUGUGUGUGUGUGUGUGUACAUUUGUGUGCUCUCUCCAGAUGGGCGCUCCAUCGGGGUGGAGGGCAUCCAGGUGUUGGGCACUGGAAACCUGAUGAUCUCGGACGUGUCACUGCAGCACUCGGGGGUGUACGUGUGCGCCGCCAACCGCCCCGGGACUAGGAUGAGGCGUACCGCGCUGGGAAGACUGGUGGUGCAAGGUGAGCUCCCUCCAAACACUUAUACCCUUUUCACACUACUGUGCCGAAGUAAGCCGAGCCAAGCUGUACUGAGCUGGCCUGGUUUAGCAUCCAAUGUUUCUGGCACUGUGCUGGAAAAGACAAUGUGAAAAGAAAAUAUCUGAGCCAGCAGAAUACGGUUUAGGUCAACACAAUAGUCUGAAAAUGGUAAUACUGUACCUGCCUCACCUCACUAAAAGGCAGAGCCUGAAGGCUGAAUCAAAGUAAAGUUUAAAUCAUUCAUUAGGAAUUUAUACAGUAAGUGAAAUACUCCAAGAAUGGCUUUCCAUAUCACAGUGAGCCUUAGCCAAUGGUUCUAUGGUUUCAGCCCAGUGCUGCUGAUCACACUGAUGAAGCUUUAUCCUGGGUCAGUAACUGACUACCAACUGAUCAUGACACUGACGGAUACACAUGAUCACAGGAGCAGGAUGGGGGAGGGGGGUUAAUGUCCACAAGGUGGGGUGGGGGUGGAGGUGUGUGGGUGUAGGGUUUGGGGUUUGGGCUUUUGGGACUGGCUGACCCCAUCACAUUAACCUGUAUUGGAUUUGGCCAUGACUUCUGCCAGGGAAGGGAUGGAAAAGGGGUGGGUUUGGGAGAGAGGAGUUGAUACCCAAACUCCAUCCUCUCACCUCACCUUUGCCCCCCUUAGAGCUUUGAAGGGGUGAGGUGGGGAUGGGAGUUGGUCAUUUUAUUUGGUGACACUAUUGACGUGAGAGAGACCCACUUGUCUCUCACUUGUAAUUAAACAUUGACGCUGGUCCAGCUCGACUUUGUGUGUGUGUGUGUAUGUGUCCACUGCUGUCACUACCUCAGUGACAAGGCCCAUCCAUCACCCAGCAACUUUCCAUACGUUCACCUUCCUCAUAUUUCUCACUUGUCAUUACCCCCAUUUUAACUGGCUAUCCUAAGGGUUUCUCAUUAUACUGAGGACCCUACAAGGGUCUCAACACCUCUGGUUAAUAUGAGAGACCAACAACAUAAUAGGAAAAAAAAAUCCUACCAUAAACAACUAUGGAUAGGAUUAUAUUAGAAUGUAAUCAUGCGUUUUCUCUCCUGCCUCUCUAGAAGCGAUAAUCGCCACUAAAUAUGUAACUGAUAUAUGCAAUAUAUGGAUGUUGAUGUAAUAUAUCUAACAUUGCAUUUGCACUUUCAAAGUCAAUCAAUAUAUUGAAAUAUCCGUAUCUUUUCCUUAAUGACCUAGCCAAAUAUACAGUGGGGAGAACAAGUAUUUGAUACACUGCCGAUUUUGCAGGUUUUCCUACUUACAAAGCAUGUAGAGGUCUGUAAUUUUUAUCAUAGGUACACUUCAACUGUGAGAGACAGAAUCUAAAACAAAAAUCCAGAAAAUCACAUUGUAUGAUUUUUAAGUAAUGAAUUUGCAUUUUAUUGCAUGACAUAAGUAUUUGAUCACCUACCAACCAGUAAGAAUUCCGGCUCUCACAGACAUGUUCGUUUUUCUUUAAGAAGCCCUCCUGUUCUCCACUCAUCACCUGUAUUAACUGCACCUGUUUGAACUCAUUACCUGUAUAAAAGACACCUGUCCACACACUCAAUCAAACAGACUCCAACCUCUCCACAAUGGCCAAGACCAGAGAGCUGUGUAAGGACAUCAGGGAUAAAAUUGUAGACCUGCACAAGGCUGGGAUGGGCUACAGGACAAUAGGCAAGCAGCUUGGUGAGAAGGCAACAACUGUUGGCUCAAUUAUUAGAAAAUGGAAGAAGUUCUAGAUGACGGUCAAUCACCCUCGGUCUGGGGCUCCAUGCAAGAUCUCACCUCGUGGGGCAUCAAUGAUCAUGAGGAAGGUGAGGGAUCAGCCCAGAACUACACGGCAGGACCUGGUCAAUGACCUGAAGAGAGCUGGGACCACAGUCUCAAAGAAAACCAUUAGUAACACAUUACGCCGUCAUGGAUUAAAAUCCUGCAGCGCACGCAAGGUCCCCCUGCUCAAGCCAGCGCAUGUCCAGGCCCGUCUGAAGUUUGCCAAUGACCAUCUGGAUGAUCCAGAGGAGGAAUGGGAGAAGGUCAUGUGGUCUGAUGAGACAAAAAUAUAGCUUUUUGGUCUAAACUCCACUUGCUGUGUUUGGAGGAAGAAGAAGGACGAGUACAACCCCAAGAACACCAUCGCAACCUUGAAGCAUGGAGGUGGAAACAUCAUUCUUUGGGGAUGCUUUUCUGCAAAGGGGACAGGACGACUGCACCGUAUUGAGGGGAGGAUGUAUGGGGCCAUGUAUCGCGAGAUCUUGGCCAACAACCUCCUUCCCUCAGUAAGAGCAUUGAAGAUGGGUCGUGGCUGGGUCUUCGAGCAUGACAACGACCCGAAACACACAGCCAGGGCAACUAAGGAGUGGCUCCGUAAGAAGCAUCUCAAGGUCCUGGAGUGGCCUAGCCAGUCUCCAGACCUGAACCCAAUAGAAAGUCUUUGGAGGGAGCUGAAAGUCCUUAUUGCCCAGCGACAGCCCCGAAACCUGAAGGAUCUGGAGAAGGUCUGUAUGGAGGAGUGGGCCAAAAUCCCUGCUGCAGUGUGUGCAAACCUGGUCAAGACCUACAGGAAACAUAUGAUCUCUGUUAUUGCAAACAAAGGUUUCUGUACCAAAUAUUAAGUUCUGCUUUUCUGAUGUAUCAAAUACUUAUGUCAUGCAAUAAAAUGUAAAUUCAUUACUUAAAAACUUUUACAUUGUGAUUUUCUGGAUUUUUGUUUUAGAUUCUGUCUCUCACAGUUGAAGUGUACCUAUGAUAAAAAUUACAGACCUCUACAUGCUUUGUAAGUAGGAAAACCAGCAAAAUCGGCAGUGUAUCAUAUACUUGUUCUCCCCACUGUAGCUGGUUUGAAGGACUUAUUACUAUACCUAGUUACAAUACCUGUGAUAGAAUAGCGUCCUGUUCAGUGGGUGUACUUGUACAUAAAGCUGCCUUAGGCUCCUGCCCCUAUGGCCGUUCUGGCUUGGACAAGGCUUGCUACAAUAGCUAGUAGCUAGCAAACUGUUACAAUACCUAGCUACCAACAUGUUACCUAAUGCCAAACAAAAUGUAACCUAUAGCAACAAAAUGUUACCUAAACCUAGCUAGCCAAAUAUGACCUAGAAAGUAUACUAGAUCUCCAUAUAUCCCUUCACCCCUGUAAUCCAUUUAAAUCACUCUACUUUGCACCCAGCUGUUAAGGCUCUCCCCAUCCAUGUUGUGUCAGCCUCUUUGACCUGGUCAAUCAAUAGUUUUCCCUAUCAGUCUUUCACAAGUGGAUUGGCCAUGGAGGAGGUGGUCUUUAAUGUAUUCAUAAUUUUUUUUUAUUGAUUUCUCUCUAUUUGUUAAAGAAAAAAGAACAAAGAGCUUUUAGGAUGGUGGUCACAUGAAAUGGGUGAAAUUAUUGGUUCAUGGACAUUGUCAAUGUCAAAUACAGGCCCAAAGUGACCUAAAGUCCCCCAAUUCCCUUUCAAAAUGUGAUACUGGAGGUAUAUUCAGCUAGAAUGUCCUCUCAAUAUUUGCUGAUACUUGAUACUGUUCUCAAAAGGUGUCUAUAAUACUGUUCUCAAAAAGUGGCUACAAUCCACCACCAUAGUAUGGACUUAAAUUUGCCAUGUUGCAUCCAAUAAUAACAAUACAAACGUAUUGGUUAGGCACAAAUCAUAUAGAAUAGCCAUGGCCAUGAAACUAAUUACUUAACCUAUUUUUAGCUCUCACAUGUUCCCUAUUGCUGCCAAUAAGGCAAGUCUGAUCAUAUAGAAUAAUAUGAAAUAUUCUGAGAUAUCAUGCUAUUAUUAUGUCAGACUCCACACAAGUUCAAAGUCCUACUUUGCAGUUGGAGACCCUUAGCCAUAUGCACUGCGUAAAGGAGGUUAUUGGAGGUCAUAGAGGUCUGCUAUUUCACACACUCUGUCCUCCUGACAGACAGUCCGUUUCCCUCUCCCUUCUGCUCUUAAACCUUCUGGUCAUGGUCAUGAUAUGACGGGACAGGGGGACAGCCAGGAUAGGACAGGACAGAUGCAAGGCCAGAGAUUUGGACAAUGGGAGAGAGGAGAGAAAGAACAAGUGAGAAAAAAGAAGGAGCAGGAAGUGCAGACGGUCAUUGUAUGAGGGGGAGUGAGGGAUCACCUCUCACCUUUAAUCUCUGACCCCUUACCCCUGACCCUGUCCUAGGAAAAUGGUCGAAGUCGGGGAAGAGAGAGAGGGCGGGACACCGUACCGGGCAGGACAGAUAUGGAAGGAGAGAGAGAGGGGGGUGGUGUUUGGGGUGGAGGGUAAGAUUGAUGUGUCCCCAAAGAGAGAGGAGGGUGACCAGUCCCCACUCCCUGUCGUUUGUUACUACGGUUAUUGGGUGAGUGGGGAGGGGGGGACAGUUGUUCUCGUCACAGCUGGGUGUCAGGCGGGUGGGGGACAGAGUUCAGGGGACACAGAGGGAGAGGGGACACAAAGGGUGCAGGGCCAUUGUGUGAUGACUACUUUCUCUGAAUGGAUCGCCGGUUAUAAUCAUCCCCCUCAUCCACUGCGGUCUUUGGGGUAGAACAUUUUAAUAUAAAAAAUUUGGAGAAGGUUGGAAUCGUUGAAAGGCUUUAAAAUGCAGAUCCCACAGCUGCCGGCUUACUGAGGGGGUCUUUCUCACAUUAGAUAUGAGUGUCAGAACCAAACAGCAUACAUUUCAGAAAGUAGAACAUACACACACAUAUAUAUAUAUAUAUAUAUAUAUAUAUAUAUAUAUAUAUAUAUAUAUAUAUAUACAAAAGUAUGUGACAAACAUUGGCAGUAGAAUGGCCUUACUGAAGAGCUCAGUGACUUUCAACGUGACACUGUCAUAGGAUGCCACCUUUCCAACAAGUCAGUUCAUAAAAUUUCUGCCCUACUAGAGCUGCCCCGGUCAACAGUAAGUGCUGUUAUUGUGAAGUGGAAACGUCUAGGAGCAACAAUGGCUCAUCCGCGAAGUGGUAGGCCACACAAGCUCACAGAACGGGACCGCGGAGUGCUGAAGCGCGUAGCUUCAUGAAAUGGGUUUCCAUGGCCGAGCAGCCACACACAAGACUAAGAUCACCAUGCACAAUGCCAAGCAUCGGUUGGAGUGGUGUAAAGCUCGCUGCCAUUGGACUCUGGAGCAGUGGAAACGUGUUCGCUGGAGUGAUGAAUCAUGCUUCACCAUCUGUCAGUCCGACGGAUGAAUCUGGGUUUGGUGGAUGCCAGGAGAAUGCUACCUGCCCCAAUGCAUAAUCCCAACUGUAAUGUUUGGUGGAGGAGGAAUAAUGGUCUGGGGCUGUUUUUCAUGGUUCGUGUUAGGCCCCUUAGUUCCAGUGAAGGGAAAUCUUAACACUAAAGCAUACAAUGACAUUCUAGACGAUUCUGUGCUUCCAACUUUGUGGCAACAGUUUCCUGUUUCAGCAUGACAAUGCCCCCGUGCACAAAGCGAGGUCCAUACAGAAAUGGUUUGUCAAGAUCGGUGUGAAAUAACUUGACUGGGCUGCACAGAGCCCUGACCUCAACCCCAUCGAACACCUUUGGGAUGAAUUAGAACGCCAACUGCGAGCCAGGCCUAAUCACCCAACAUCAGUGCCUUACCUCACUAAUGCUCUUGUGGCUGAAUGGAAGCAAGUCCGCGCGGCAAUGUUCCAACAUCUAGUGGAAAGCCUGCCCAGAAGAGUGGAGGCUGUUACAGCAGCAAAGGGGGACCAACUCCAUAUUAAUGCCCAUGAUUUUGAAAUGAGAUGUUUGACGAGCAGGUGUCCACAUACUUUUGGUCAUAUAGUAUACAUAUUUGGAAAUGGGGCAUUAUUUAAUGAUUGUGUCACUUAAGCGACAUCAUUGGAUUAGAAAACAUAAAUAUCAGAAUGUAUAUGUUCAAAAACAUCACUUUCAUACUUUGUAACCAGAAUAUAAAAUAUUUUAUAAACAUUCAAAAUUGUGUCCAUUAUGUGAAUAUGUAAUACAGAUUCCAAAACUCCAUUUACAAAAUAAAUUGUGUUAGAAAUAGAUUAGUUACCUUUUGAUAAAUAUACUUCACAGAUGAGGGUCAUAUCCAAGCCAUAUAUGGUAAUCUAUAUAGCUCUUAGUCACACUAUCUAUGAAACUAUAACUAGUAACAACAUAACAUAAGUGAUAUGUUUCAAAAUAUAGUCCUACCACAAAAGACAAAAAGCUAAACAAAGGAAGGAAAGUGGUGAGGAAUGACCCUGAUGAUGAAACUCAAAGUCAGGUCUAAGACCCUGCUAAAAGACUAAUUGAUCAAUACGUGCUAUGGAUUGGCUUGAUGUAUGGUCACUGAAGCUGACAGUUAGGUUAGACCUCAGGAGAGAGACAGUUGAUCAGCUGUAGGGGUGGACAGCAAUUCUCCCUCCGAGUUGUUAUAAUUGCUGUAAAUGUAAUGUGGUUUGUCUCUUUACACACUGUCUCCUCAUUCUUGCCCUUACAAGUGGGAUAUAACUACUGACCAAAUGAUAGUAAGAACUACUGACCAAAUGAUAGUAAUAACUACUGACCAAAUUACAUGAAUAACUGUUGACCAAAUUACAGUAAUAACUACUGACCAAAUGCAAUAGCUAAUGAGUAAUGUAGGAUAUAUAACUAAAUUGGGUAGAUGUACUCUAUGUAUGCACUUAGUUCGAUCUGACUCAGUGUUUGAACUAGUCCUGACCACUGACCAGUAUCCAAGGUUAUGAGCACUGUGUUCAGUGUAGAAGACACAUCACAGAUAAAUGUGAUUGAUUUCAUAAGCACUGUUUGAUUCUGUGGAGAUGGAGGAAAGUGAGAGCUCGGGAACCCUAGACCCAAAAGAGAUCUAUCCUAAACAUAGGAUAUCCACUCAACCUUGACCAGGGACAUUAUAAUUGGUCAGACUGAUACAUUUUUGUUUGGCACUGCUUGGCUCCACCUCCAUGGUGUGAAACGAGCAUGUAAUAAAACCAUGCACGCACACUCACACACACACGUGACACACACCCCCCUUGUGCUUCAGACGUCCAUUCCAGUCGCCCCUCCCAUUCAGUCCAACAAUCGGCCCAAUAAUUAUCCCUCACCAGCCCCCCCUGCCGUCAUCAUCUCCCCUAACCCUAAACACAAAUGCAACUUAUUCGCAGAACAACAACAGUCUGGGUGUAUGAAAGCAGUGCAUGCUGUCAACACCAAUUAUUCAAUUAUAGGUCAUCAGGCUAGUGAUAUGAUCUAGCAACUCUCAAUUUCAAGUUGUUGUACAUCAUCCAUUAGGGCUCCGUAAGAAAUUGGUGAGAAAUAUAAUGGCAAAAACAUAGUGUAGACAUAUUUGAAGGCCAUUAACCUAAAAGCUACAAUGCUCAAUGCUAUAGCUGGCAAUGCCUUAGAUUUAAUGACACACUCAACCAGGCAGCUACAGACUGGCUGAAGUGAACUUCAGAUUAACUUCAAUCAGUUCUCUUGCAAUUCAAUCUCUCUCAAUGUCUCUCUAUGUCCUCACAUCUCCCUCAACAUUCCUGUUACCGAUUAAACAAACAAGCAAAAGACCAAAGACACUUUGACGGCUAUUGCUCAACAACAACCCCUUCAAGCCUUUUAUUGAUCCAGGGGAUCUAUAUUGGUGUCCUUUUAAAGAAAUUGGGGCCCAUCGGAGGGAAAGCAGCUUGGGGAAUAUAAAAUCCAUGCCUCCUCCAUUGAUUAAUGGUCUUCUAUUGAAAUAGGUGUCUCUUUGACCCUUGACACCCCCCCCCCACAUACCCUCCAGUACUCACAACCCCAUCUCUCCAUCCUUCCAUCUCUCUCCCUUUCUUUCUUUCUCCAUCUCUCUCUCUCUCUCUCUCUCUCUCUCUCUCUCUCUCUCUCUCUCUCUCUCUCUCUCUCUCUCUCUCUCUGCUCUCACACUCUACCUCCCCCUUAUCUCCCUCCCUCUGUACCUCCCCCCUGGACCCUGUUUCUCUCUCUUCCCAGGCCCUGUCUCUCUGGGUCUCAGCCAGGGAGGAGUGAGGGCAGGGGCUCAGGGGGUGUUAGUGUCAAUAGAUCAAUGAGAUGCUUAGGGGGCAAGAGGGGCUGGGGGUCUCUACAUAUAUGCAUGUCCCAUUGUGUGCUAUUGAACCUGGUGUCAGGCAGGACGGUGAACCCCGCAUCUGUCCCGGGGACACUGGCGGGCCAGGAAGGGUCAGAGGGGGAUAGAGAAGUGGGGGUUAGGGUUAUAUUAGGCUGUCCUCUGGAAGUCUCUUCCUAUGUUAAGUUCAAGCUCCGGUAAGAGGAGAGGAGGGGAAAUCAUUGGGAAUGUUUGUAUAGAUCUGUUGGGGUAGAUGUAGGGAUGUUUGUAUGUAUUGAUACACCUGCAAUCGUUAACAUUGAGGUAUAUGUAAUGUGGGCAGCAUGCUAUAGGCUUCUAUAACUAGGGACAAAGUGUUUCCUGGUCAGGUCACAUGGUCAGGACAAACUCAGGGACUUACUGUGCAUUUAGAUUUUAGAGCUAUGUUUCUAUCAGGUCAGAUGACACUGUAUAAAACUAUAUGGUCUAGAGAUAUGUUCAAAUCAAAUUAACUUCUGAAGGUCCUUACUAUAAGGACAGCAAUGGUCAUAACCACCUUUAUAUGAAAGUACAGCUGCCCAAAAACAUGCACAGUUCUGUCCUCUAUAGUUCAUUAUAAGAAUGACAGCACAUAGAAUUCAAUGCUCUCCCCCAAAAGGCCUUGUCAUUCUAAUCAAUACCUUUCUUCUUCUCUCUCCGUUUACCCUCAACAUCUUUCUUCUAAUGUCAUCCUCCUCUUUCAUUCAUCCUCCUUUUCUAUACAACUGUUCUCCUGCGUUCUUUCUAUUUAUCCCUCCACUUAUCACUAGCCUGCUUACUUUCCUCUCUUCUCCUCUCCUCUCGUAUUGUCCUCCAUCCAUUCUCCUCAUCUCCACCACCUCCCCUCUUGACUUUUUGAAAGUAUAUUUUACUUUCAUGCAGUUACAUAGUAUCACAAGCAAAUGCAAUUGUAGAUGUAAUUUACCCCACAGUGAUACAAGGAUUAAUCACUUACAUAUACAAUACGCUUACAACAAAUACAUAAUUCUCUCCCCACCAGCUCCUCCUGAGUUCAUGCAGUGGCCGCAGUCUGUCUCGAAACCAGCGGGGAGCAGUGCUGUAUUCACCUGUGUGGCCCAGGGCGUCCCCGAGCCUCACCUCAUCUGGCUGAAGAAUGGCAAGAUCCUGACGCCCGGCGACAACGUCAAGCUCACCAACAACAACAGGUACUGUACACCAGAGGUGUAUUCAUUCCGCCGAUUCGAUUGCAAAACAUUUCUUAAACGGAAGCAAACGGAACGAAACGGGACCUACCUGAAUUUGUCCAAUAGAAACUCUUGUUUUGCUCUUUACUUCCAUUUGGUUCUUAAACAGUAAUGAAUACACGUCUUGGUUUACAUUUAAGCAUACACUUUUAUGAUAAGUCUUAUCUAUAGCAACUUACGCCUACAGUCAGUGCAUUCAACUUAAGUAGGUAAAAUAAACAUAUCAAAAUCAUUGCAAGUAAAACGUAAAAUAGACGCUAAAUCUGCCAAAUUAGCGUUUCCCCUAGGGGGGUUGCAAAAAAAAAACAAAGCAACAUCCAAGGUUGUCCAUUGAAAGCAGAAACUAACCCCUUUAGUCGGGCAGCAACAGAGAUUAUUUUGUUAUUCCCACAUAUUAGCAGUUGAUAUAGGCUAAAGUCCAUAACAGAAAUUGUGAAAUAGUUGUGAAAUCAAUUUAGAAAUAAUGUCUAGAGGGUUGAUCUUUUUUUUAAUGGUGGCUGAAAUCUCCCUCUGUUGAGGAGGCUGAAGCUCUGUAUUUACACUGAACAAGAGAGGAUGGGAAUCAUUUGCUGCCUGAUUAUGUUUUCAAUCACAAAGAAUUCCAUUGUAUAUCUGAAUAUUUGUUUGUAUACAUACAACCAACCCAUCUUUAUGUUGUUUACCCAAUAUAUCAAUGUUUUAAUCUGUCCUAACUCAAAUAAACAAUAACAAAAAUGAUCUCAUCUUUAAUCUCCAUCAUCCAGCACCCUGGCCAUGACGCGCAUCACCUCGGAGGAUGAGGCCAUCUACCAGUGCAUCGCUGAGAACAUGGCCGGCACCAACCAGGCUAGCGCCCGUCUGGCCGUGUCCCUGGCCAAGGAUCUCCCCGACUCCCCACAGGGCCUCACGGCCACCGCCCUCUCCCCCAGCGCCCUGCAGCUCGCCUGGAUCCAACCGCCCGCCGAGAUCACCGACAGCAUCAUCGGCUAUGUGCUUCACAGCCGCAAGAUCGGCGGUGAGUGAGAGUCUUUGUGUGAUAAUCUAUCAGCGUUCAAAGCAGAGCUAAGACUAAACUCUUUCUUAAUUGCCUUAAUUGUCCUCUCCUAGCCUCCUCUCCUUCAUUGUACUGAUCUAAAAGAACUGGCCUAAUGAUGAGUUUACUAAGGACAUAUUUUUAAGCAAUUGAGAUAGCAUUUUGUUUUCUUUCAAAUACUUUAGUUGCACUUGACUGAGUGUGCCUGCUGGAAUGGAACCUAACCCUAAUUUAUAUUUAUUCUGCCACAACAACUAAUGAUAAUACUGCUUGUUGUUCCCCCCAGAGCCGGACAGCAGAGAGCUGCAGGAGGCAGUCAGUAAAACCACCUUCCAGCACGACUUUAUCAACCUGGAGCCAGCCACCACCUACUCCAUCUACCUCAAGGCCUACUCCUCACUGGGCGCCAGCCAGCAGUCCAGCACUGUGGUAGCCACAACACUAGGGGGCGGUAAGUCACCAGGAACAUGUUAAUGCCACGAUCAGUUUACCCUCCCCAAAACCUAACCAUAACCAUUUCCCUGUGGGCAACAUAAAGAGUUACACUUUAUAAUUACUUUCAAGAAUAACCAUUUAUAAACUAUGUAUGAAUAGUGUAGUAUUAUACUUAUAGUGUACAUAUAUUAUUAAUAAAUUAGCCUUAUAAAUGUACUCACAUUUAUAAGCAUUCCUAAACAUUUAUAAGCAUAAAUAAUGUCAUAUUUAUGAACGUUAUAAUUAAAUGUAACCAAAUAAAUGGAUUCUAUUCUAUUAUGGGGGAAAAUGUAAAGCUGACCUAGGAUCAGUGUCUAGUGGCUACUUCACUCUACCCCACAUACAGUAGCUCCAUGUACAGUAUAUUGCAGAAAGAGGACAGCAGAGUGCUUUAGAGUGAUGUAGCUAGACUAGUGUAAGAGAAUAUGGGCAGUGUAAUAUGUAACUUGGUUAUUUACAACCUGUGAUCAAUUGAAGGUGUUUAUCUCCUCUUCCCUCACUUGAUUUCAUCACAUCCCACUUUUCUCGUCUCUUCUCUCCAUCUCUGUGCACUUAUGUCAAUCCCCAUAUACUAUUCCACUCAUCUUCCGUCACUGAUAAACACUCCCUUGUUUUCCCUCCCUGUCUUACUAUCUCUUUGAGUUUUAUCAUCAUUUCAUCCUCACCCUUCUCUUUCUCUCUCUCUCCAAAUGUCUUCAAUUCAUACACCCUCUUUUUCAUACUGCCUCUCUAACCAUCUCUACACUAUUUCUAUCUUUUUGCUGUCCUUUCCCAUCAUAUUUAACUUUUUUUUUUUUUUUUUUUUUACAUCCAAUGUCCUAAUCUCCAUCUCUACUCCUGUAGUGCCCACCCCCCCUUCCUUCUUCACCAAGGUGGUGAACUCCACUGCGGUCCAGGUGUUAUGGGAGCUCCCCAGCAAGCCUGGUAAGGCAGAGGGCUUCAGGCUCACCUACCGCAGGGUCCCCCACACCGACUUCCAGGGGCCAGUUCAGUUCCCCUGCCACAUCAAUGCCCACACCAUCUCCCGUCUUGGUGAGUGAGUGAGUGAGUGAGUGAGUGAGUGAGUGAGUGAGUGAGUGAGUGAGUGAGUGAGUGAGUGAGUGAGUGAGUGAGUGAGUGAGUGAGAAGGAACGAUACCACCUCCAGAGACUGUGUAUUAUUAGUUUGUUUUUAUUUGUCUUGGACACUGGAAAGAAUCAGUUAAUAUAGUAAUGUAAUUACCUUUUAUAAUAUUUGGUGCACUGUUCCUACCACAUUAGUCUAUGUAAUAAUAAUGAUGGAAGGCUGGAAUAAUAAGAGAGUGAGGAAAGAACUAUAAAUAGACCAAGAAAAUACAGGAACCCAUUUACAUUUGAGUCAUUUAGCAGACUGUCUUAUCCUGGAAUGAAAAACAAAUAAGCACGCCUGGGGUAAAUAUGUACUCUCUCCUAUGUUAUUAGAAAAAGCAAUCACGUAGAAAAUAAAAUAAUUAGAGGGUUUGAAAGUCGUAAUUACAUGAGCAUGACAAGGGCUUUAAAAUCGACCUGAUAUUGGUGUUUAAAAAUAUAUAUUUGAUAUAAAGUUAUUAUAAUAUUAUGUUCAUGUUAAGAUUACAUUUAUUAUAUUUUAUGUUAUAAAAUAUUAAUAUAUUUAAUGAUUAAAUGAUUACAAUUUAAAUGAUUUUAAAAUAAUUCAAAUAAGUUGUAUUUACCCCUGGUGAAAUACAGCUAUUGUAAUUGCUUUUCCCUGAUAGCUGUCUUUUUAUCCACCCCCCUCUGGUCCAAGCUUUCAUGUGUGGAAAUCAGUCCUAUACUCCUGCACUGCUACCACAUGUUGUUGUCUUAUAACUGAAUUGCAGAAAAUUCAGAAAAAGAUGUAAUGUACGAAAUGUGACAUUGAUUUUCCAAUGAGGCUAGCUUUAGGCCAGAGCUGGCUUUAAAAGGUUGCAGUGGUGCAGAGAAUAACAAUUACCCCAUAUUUGAAUGAAUAUGUGACAUAGAGUUAAUUAUCAUGCACAUGGAAGAGAAACUUAAUAUCCCUCUGGAGCACAAAAAUGUGAAAGGGAGAUCUUUAAAAGUUUUUUUUUUCUUACAUGUUUUGCUGUAUUAAAAAAUAAAUAAAUAAACAUUGUAAAAUGUAAAGCCACCUAGUGGAAAAUGACUGGAUGGGUUGGUGUCAUUGCAUUCAGAGCAUAAGCUUUCUCAUACUGUAGCAAUGACUCAAUCAAUAUCGAGAGAUUAAAAGAGGGAGACAUGGGAGGAUGUUGGAGGUAUCGAGAUAGAGAUGCCAGAGAGAGAUGGCAGAGUGAGAGAGUUGAGAGGAAAGGUAAGUGGGUUAGGGAGGGAUGGAGGGAGGGAGUAGGGAAAGGAACAGUCCAGGCAAGAGGAGUGAAAAAUGACAUGCUCCCCAACUUCAAUCGCCCAAUCAAUAGCUUUGCUUUUACCAAGCAAGCAGUCAACAAAACUGAGUCAAUAUCUCUCCAUUUAAAAAAUAUGACCUUCGAAGUUGUCAAUGGGAACUUAUAAUGUGAUACUGUCACCUUAUGACUUGUUCUUGCAGAAACCGGCGCAGUGUAUGAAGUCAAUCUAGUGGCCUAUAACGGGAACGGCGAGAGCGGUUGCUCCAAGAGGCUGGUGUCACUGGCAGAAGAGGGUACCAGCGCCAAAACCAGUGGUGAGUGUCCAAUAAAUAUUAGAGUCAAGUCAGUAUUGAGUAGUAAAUAAUAUUUUCUAGACAAGUAUUAGUUAUUUGGUGAUGUUCUGUCCUUUUUGCUUCAAGUCUAUUUUUCAGUGAAUCUAUUAGUUAGCUUUUUUGGCAUUGCCAUAUGAUCCAAUAUGUAUUUCCGUAUGUGACUGUGUAUUUGUGCUGGUUGUAUGGAUGUACUCAUCAUGUGUUUCUUGGUUGCAGGUGGGGAGACCCAGUGUAACUGUAGACAGGAGGGCGAGGGCUCGAUGGGCGGUAUCGUGGUUGGCAUUCAUAUCGGCAUGGCUUGCAUCAUCUUCUGUGUGCUCUUCCUCAUGUUUGGAUACCGUCGCAGGUAAGGAGGGGCCCUAUCUGAUGGGACCCACUAACUGUUGCUUUGCUUCUAGUACUGUACUUUCAGAUUGGGUUUUUAAGGUCAGGUAAACUUUAGAUAUAUCCUGAUCACCCAUGAUUUAUCUUGGCAGAGUGAGAUAAUGAAUGUUAACUUUGGUAUAUUACAUGUUAGUUGUAUUCGUAAAGUUGUGUGUUGUUUUUAGAGUGGACUUGUGUGCGUGUAAUAUUGAAACAUGUAUUAAUGUCCCCAGUCUGUUCUGCAGUAAAGGGACUCAGGACAGCUGGUCUGUGCCAAGGGGGGAGGACCGGGGACACCUGGGACAAAACGGGAUCCCCAAAGAGAGGGUCACUCGUUCGGCAGAAGUCGCCCUCGAAUUAGUGCCUCAGGUAGGAGGACCGGUGCACUGACACAUUGACAGACUAACCUGACUCAUUCACUACACAGAAAACGCUAAGCUAACCUCUCACACAAUGUGGCCAUUAGUUUUGUUUUCAUCCCUGUAACAGCAGGUGACUGAAUAGAUAUCACCAUCUUAUAAUUGAAUCAUCAAUGACAUCAGAGCUGCAGGAUAUGGGUUGCCAGGACACACGCAUUGACGUCACAGUAGUUUGGCCUCCAGGUGUAACUUAGUUUCUAAAACAAAGUUGACACCUUCAGGACAUCUCGAGUUGCCGAUAUUUCAGAAUUAAUUGAUCUAUUAUGCUCGUAAUCCUGUCUCUCUGUUGUCACAAGCUCAUCCAACUAUUCGAUCUGAGAUCUAGAUCUCAUCCAUCUGUGAUUUCUGACCCCAUGAUACUGUAGAUUAUAAGCCUCAGGGCUCUAGUCAAUCAAACCUGGAUUUGUUACCACUGAAUGAAACAUUGUUACCACGUCAAGCAAAAUGGAUAUUACUUCAAAGUGUUCUAGAGACUAGGGUGGGUUUUUCGAAAGCUUUGGGGCUAACGUGGCACUCAAUUUUUUUAUUUGAUUGAAUUGGAUCCUCAGAGCUGUGUUGAACAACAUCGAUGUUACUAUGUCCAGGGGUGGAAAUGAUGAACAAGAUGAUUGGUCAACAACAACGCAGAAGUAAUCAUCAGUGGACAAAAGGAGGGAUAUGAUCGAAGUUGCUAAAUUAUAGACUCUGACACUCCGUCUUUUGUCUCUUUCUUUUCCAGAGUCAAGACUCCACAUCUCAGGGAGGGGCUGUAGUGCGUCCAGCCCAAUGCCAGGUCCUCAUCGAGCAGCACUUGUCUGGUCUGCCUGGGACGGACACUGGCUAA